AUGAACAGCGACACGUUCUACCAUUUUUCGAAACUCCCUCCCGAAAUCCGGCAGCACAUCUGGCAAUACUGCCCGCCGCAUCGCGUAGCUGAAGAAGACUUCCCCUAUUUCCUUCUCGAUGGCAACGAAUCUCGUCAAGCUGGCUGGACCAAAAGCUCAACGUAUGAAAACGCCCAGAAGCCUGUCAUCGCGUUUGUGAAUAGAGAAUCUCGCCGAGCCGCACUGGAGCACGGACAAAUUUGGGAGCCACCGGACCCUCACAGCUUGGAGUCGAUAUGGGUGCAACCGAAUAGAGAUGCGCUGCUCCUCAACUAUACAAGGACAUGUGACCUUGUUAUGUAUGGAACCAUCAACGCCACCUCGAGUGUAGUGGUUAUGUUCUUAUGGCGAGCCGAGGGGCACAAGAUGCAGCCUUGCAUUGUCGCAGAGGUCCUUCACCCUUUUAAUUUGAAGACGCUACUAGAUGGCGAUGCUGCCUCCGAGAACCCUCGUAUUAUGUAUGAACAAGCAGACACUGGCGACUCAGGUGAUAUCGCGGGUUAUGCAGAAUGCAUCCAACAGCAAAAGAUAGUCUUGGGCAUCGCAAUGGCCGCGAUAUCUCUGCAUAUCUCCGCGGAAGCAGCUUUGGAUUCUGGUCUGUUCGGGUUACUGGGCGAUGCGCCUGUCCAGUUGGUUGAUUUUGACGACGAAGCUCGCUUGAGGCAAUUCUACACUCUAUUUAAAGAGAAUGCACUGAAUGAGGAGCCGGCUGUGCAAACACUUUUCGACUUAUUUUUGAGCUCUCGAUUCCGCACAGCAGUGGACACAUGGACGAGACAAGCUGACUGGAUCAUCAUGGCUAAUCUGUGGCACUACGCACGAGAAUCCGAGCGUUAUGAUGAUAUUCUGGGUGCAGAUCCGUGUUCAGCAUGGAUGCCUCAGCUGGAAGACUGUUUUUGUUUCUCAAUGUAUGAGUAUUUGCCCAAUGAAGACCACCCGUGGGUAAAGCAAGCCAGAGAGAAGGCACCCAAGCUGCGACCACAAAUCAUGGUGCGAUAUUGUACUCGCAAAUGCUAUACAGGGGAACAGCUCCCCGAUCACCGCGCCACAAACCUGUGGUGGAAUCCGGAUUUUUGA